AUGUCGACUCUGCAAGUCCUGGUUGGAGACGAGUCGUCAUAUAGCCACACUCUCAAGAUGCGGACGGCUUUACAUCCAUGCAAUCCAACAAAGGUGCACGGAACGUGCUCCGAGAAAAAAGAAAGGACGAAACCUUGGGUGACAUUCAACUUGGGCAACGGCAUGUUCCGAAAGUAUAUUUGCUUCUUUUCCUCUUCUGAGGCGCCGCCUCUUUUCACUCAUACCCCCAGUCAGACCAUGGACAAGGAUAGCGGGCCAGACCCCAAGGCUGUCAAAGUUCUAGGAGCAGCCGAUGGCCGCGUGCCAGCACCCUACGUGCAGAUCAGAAAGGACAAUCUACGGGGCUGUGAAUGGGGACAUACAGUCUCUCGAGGCUAG